GGAAAAUGAAAAGGAGUGUAAGGAUUUAUCUUGAAUUUACUAUAUUUUAUUAAUCUAUCAUAUUGAUGCUGUUCAACUAGUUUCUAUAAUAUUCAAUGGCAGAUUGAUAGGCUGGCUCAGAUUUCAAACCUCUAUCAAACUUUUAAACCUGCGAUCUAUCACCUUAGAUGCUGCCGUAGUCCAACUGUGUUCGAUGAUCCCUCUCACCCUCAUUUCACCUUUGAAACCAUGUUACCUGCCCUCCAUCAUACCUCUACACACAAGAUAUAACCAACUGAAAAAACUCAAUCAGAAGAAGAAGUUUAGGGAUGGCAAGUGCAGGGCUGAGUUCUCUGGUGACGCGCCAGUGGCUUUAGCGAUCGGCGCUUGCAUUCUAAACUCGCUUAUUUUUCCGGCAAAGACUCUUCCACCAGAAGACAGUGAGGCUGAAUCGUUGAUUGACUCGGACGAUGCGCGGUUUGCGGUCAUGGGAAUUAUUAGCUUCAUUCCUUAUUUCAAUUGGAUGAGUUGGGUGUUUGCUUGGUUGGACACCGGGAAGCGGCGUUACGCUGUUUAUGCUAUUGUCUAUUUAGCUCCUUACUUGAGGCCAAACCUAUCAAUAUCUCCCGAGGAGAGCUGGCUGCCAAUUGCUAGCAUUCUCAUCUGCAUUGCCCACAUUCAGCUAGAGGCAAGCAUUAAAAAUGGAGACAUUCAGGGAUUUCAAGUGGAAAAACUUGUAUCAUCCAUAAGUAAACACAGUGGAAAUUCUAAAGAGAGGGAAAGGAGGAAUGAUGAGAUACGCGAUUGGGGUGCUGCUCAGGAUCGUGAAAAUCAUGAAAUCUGUAAUGAGAAUGAAGAUUCCAAUGGAGGUGCACAACAUUAACAGGCUCAAAUGUUAAUUUCAGUUUUUAUUUGCAUAUCCGAGAGCGUUUUAGUUUGAUUAGAGCUUACUUUGAGCAAUGACUGGGCUAUGUGGGGAUGUUUUGAAAUGUCAAAUUUUAUUGUCAAGUUAGGUGUAGUUAACUACAUUGAAAUGCUUGUUCCCAUGUUUCCCCUUUGAUAUUAUGGAAUAAAUUCUUAUGUAUUACUGAGAUUCUUAUUACAGACCUUUAUUCAUACACAUUCUGAAUUAAUAGC